AACUCACAGUUCUCACAAUGUCUGCAAACAUCCUCAUCGUUGGUGCCGGCGCCAUUGGAGCCUUCUAUGCCUCUCGUCUUGCGCUUGUCCCUGGUACCUCCGUCUCGGUUAUCUGCCGCUCCAACUACAAAGCCGUGAAAGCGAAUGGCUUCCAAGUUACCUCACCGCAAUACGGCGAUUACACCUUCGUACCUGCCAAUACCUUUGCGAACCCAGACGAAGCAAGAGCGAGCGGGAUACAAUGGGACUUCAUAGUAGUUAGCACGAAAGCGUUACCCGACGUGAGCGACGACUCGACGAUACUUGAGGGGUUAGUCGGCGAUAAGACGGCCAUUGUGCUGAUACAGAAUGGCCUGGGCGUAGAAGAACCGUAUACGAAGCGAUUUCCACAGGCUGCGAUAUGUUCGGCGGUUACGAUAGCAACCUGCGCGCAGCCCGAACAUGGUCAGAUCAAGCACAACAGAUGGACGCGGAUAAACAGCGGACCGUACCUGCCUCAUCUAGAUACUGGGAGCAGAAAAGAUAGCGACGUGCGCGUCAUCUUGAUGAAUGACGCGUUCAUCGAGAUGCUGAGGGUAGGAGGCAUCAAAGACGCCGAAGCCUACAGUCAUGCCAAACUCCAACUAGUCCGCUGGCACAAGAUCGCCAUCAACGCCUCCAUGAACCCAACCUCGGUCCUCACCCUUUGCCUCCCGAACAACGUCAUGUCUCUCGACCCAGAACUGCAGCGCCAUCUCAAAGGCGUCAUGACCGAGAUCCUCGAAACCGCCCCCAAGAUCCUUGGCGAGCCCAUGCCUAAAGAAUUCGCAACCCCCGAUCAGAUCAUUCGGUCUACACAAAAGAACACAAGCGGAAGCAAGCCAAGCAUGGCCGUCGACUGGGAAGCGGGCAAGAAGAUGGAAAUUGAGGUCAUUCUUGGCAAUCCAUUGAGGAUUGCGCGGGACAGGGGCUUUGAGAUGCCGCGUCUGCAGAGUUUGUAUGCGAUGGUCAGGAUGGCGCAAGAGGUCAGAGAUCAGAGGAAAGACAACAAGUUGUGAGAGGCUGGAUUGUUCCCGUUGAUUGGUCUCUCGAUUGCUUCCUUUGUGUGUGGUUUACCUCAGCCGAGUAAAGCGAGCUCCGUUCCAAACUGCAAACUUCAAGUCAACAGGAUCGCGUGGGCAGGGUCACCUCCAAGCAUUCCAUUUGGCUUUGCUGCUAUAUACCUCCUGAUGUUGUCAUGAUACUUUAAAUUUGCAAUAAAGAUUAUAUGCAGCGUAAGAAUUCUCAAGACUUUGUUCGCGACCCUGGUACUUAGCUUUUCGCCUAUGUUUCUAGGGCAUAUCUAGCCACCUGAGGACUCCAAAUUUGACAAACAUAGUAACCACCAACCUUCCAAAGAGGGUCGUGCCUGUAUAAGAGGUGGCUGGGAAGUGAAGGUGAAAGCGCCGCUUUCUCGAUCUGCCGACAUUACC